UCCCCGGUCCCUCCCUCCCUCCUCCCCGCCCCCGCCGGCACUGCGGAGCAGGAGACGUGACCCGAGCGGAGCCAGCCGCGGCCUUUUCCAGCGCUGCUGCAGCCUCUCGCCGCAGAGUCGCAUGUCAUCUAUCCAGAACCUCCAAUCCUUCGACCCCUUUGCUGAUGCAACAAAGGGCGACGACUUACUCCCGGCGGGGACUGAGGAUUACAUCCACAUAAGGAUCCAGCAACGAAACGGAAGGAAGACACUAACAACUGUUCAAGGGAUUGCAGAUGAUUAUGACAAGAAGAAGCUUGUGAAAGCUUUCAAAAAGAAAUUCGCUUGCAAUGGUACUGUGAUCGAACACCCUGAGUACGGCGAAGUCAUCCAGCUUCAAGGGGACCAGAGGAAGAACAUUUGCCAAUUCCUCUUGGAGAUUGGCAUUGUGAAGGAAGAACAACUGAAAGUUCAUGGCUUCUGAAAUACCUGCAUGCUGGUGAAGGCCUCUGCAGCUUCUGCUCAUACCUAGCCUGCCUCUUCUGUGAAAAAUGAAUCUUUGCAGUAAAUGGACUUCCCUCUUACCACAACGUCCAAAAUGUGCUUUGGGUGGGCAUGAGUCUGUGGAACAGGUGGUGUGUAGGCUAGAAACACAUAAGAAAACUUCAGUGAGGUGGUAAUGAAGACAUCUGUGAACUUUAACACAUUUCCAAUGGAAAUGUUUUAGUGAUGAUUGUUCAGUGCUCUCCACCUGGCCGAAAUGUGUGGGUUCUAUUAAAGUAGUCUGUGUUGUUGCUUAAAAAUAAAAGUUUCUUCAUCUGUU